UGACAAACCUGAAGAGAAAAAAAACAAACGCAACAGGACGCACAGGCUACCAGAUAGUUUUACCGUGGCAGGUUUGAGAAAUUUUUGUUUAAGACACGUUUCUGUUUAUAAUCCCGUUCCGUAUACGGUCUGUUUUUUACUCACUGUUAAAAAUCCAGGGAUAUGAUGAUAACUGCAUAGUGUAUUAUUAUUUAGGAGUAUGACGCAAAAGUGGUUCACGGGAUAGACCAACGUUAUGUUUUACCUCUUCCGCGUUCAGCGGAGCGCUUCAAGUUUCGGAAAAGACGCAUUUAGACUACAGUCCAGACAUAUCCUAAAAUUUCAGUUGAAACACGGUAAUAAAAGUGGAACGGCGGUAUUUGAUGUUGGUCAUUUGACUGAAAAGCAUCCCAAAUAACGGUCAGCAUGGAGAGGAUUUUUGUGCUGCUUUUACUUUCUGUCCAAGCAGCUGCGCCAAGAGGUUCUCAUUCUUUGUUGAUGCUUACAACUUACAUUAAAGGGCAAACACCGUUUCCUCAGUUUGGUUACGUAUUUAUGUUGGAUGAUGUUAGAGUUUUGUAUUAUGAUGGUGAGACAAGGACCUUCAUUAGAAGAGGAAAUACAACAAAUGAAGAUGCAGUGUUUGAUUCUGCUGUUCUUCUUACCAUAAAUGAUCAUAUAGAAACAUCCUUCAGGGAAAAAUCUGCAGUUGCAGCUCAAAACUUAAAUAAAACAGAUGGUCUUGUCUUUCAAAAGCUGGUUUUGUGCGAGCUGAAGGAUAAUGGUGAACCAGGACAAAUGAUCACACGGUAUGCUUUUCAAGGUUCCACCAUAGAUGAGCUGCAGUAUCUUGACAAGAGGUUUACAUACGAUGGUACUACAAAUGACACAGUUCAGGUGCUAAAAAUGCAUCUUGACAUCUCAAAGUGGCGUCAUGAAAAUGUGUACUACCCAGUUUGCAUAAAAAUACUUAAGGGUUACCUGAAAACAAGAGGAAACCAAGUAAAUAGAAAAGUGAAACCCAGAGUCAGGCUCCUCCAAACAGAUCUUUUUUCUGGGUCUCGGGUGAGUUGUCUGGCAACAGGAUUUUACCCUCGACACAUCAAUCUGACCCUGUUCAGAGAUGGACAGCCUGUAUCUGAUGAUGAGAUCACUGGAGGAGAUCUGCUACCCAAUGAUGAUGGGACGUACCAGAUGAGGAAGAUUCUGGAGAUUAGUGAGGAAGAAAAAAAAGAGAAACACAAAUAUACCUGCACCGCCACACAUCUCAGUCUGGACAACAAACUGGACGUUAAACUGGAAUAUGAUCAUGGGACACCAUUAAAGUCAGUGCUUGGCUCAGUGCUACCAAUUUUGGUCAUGGUGACUGUGGCUGCUGUAGUUAUAUGGCGAGUGCGAAAAGCAGCUUCUAAAAGAGAAUAUUCCUCUGCAUCUACAUCUGAUGAAAGUGUGGACAUGGGAUCAAAAAGUUUGUGUAAUUUGAAUCUGCAGGAAUGAAGCCGAGAAACGUCUUCAAACAACGAUUAGUAAAUUAAAGAGUAAACAGAUCAAGUUCAACUAAAGACUGAAAGAAACACAACAAUUCAGGGAACACUUAAGAUAAAACGUAUUUGUCCAUUUGCAUGAGCUCUCAGUUUUCAGAUUUAUUGUGAUGCGUAGAUAGAUUUAUUUUAGCACUGUUCAAGUUCAAACCUGUGCCCAACGUUUUGCAAUGGUUUUCGGGUUGAACAAUGGGGUUUGAGAUAUGUUUUUUCUUGUUUGAUGGGUGUGUCAGAACUGCAGUCCAAUCAGCAGCAACAUGUAAAUAAACCACACGGUACUAAAGAGACAGCUUGCAAAAUAGAGGUGUGUUCGACAUCGGCUGUGGCUGGAUGUAACCGAUCGGCGAGAUUAGCCGCGUGCAGGUGGGGAGGAGCUGAAAACGCAAACGUGAAGUCGGACGCGCUGUGGUUCCCGUAGUUUGCUGCAUUUACGUCAGGCAUGACUGAUCACGUGCCGUUUGCUUGCUUAAUCGCAUUAAAUAUGAUUUGUAAGAUGUAAACUACAUAAAAAGUGAAUUAUACUGUUUUGAAUGUCCGUGUAUGAGCAUGAGUGGAACUGAAGAGGCUUACAGCAUCUGUUUUUACAAGAAUAAAGUUCAACAUAAGCAUAUAUUAUUUAAAUACCAAUGUAGUGGGGUCUACGUUUUUUCAUUUCUAUUUCCAUUUUAUUUUGAUGAAGAUGACACAAUAUAACAUCGCGACUACAUGAAAAGAGCUUUAACUGUUAUAAAAAUACAGAUUUGUGAGCAUUUGUGGAACUGAGGGCGUGAAAAUAAGCACGAAACACACGUGAUUGUUGUCAUGUGGUGAAUCCGACCAAUCGUGAAACAGCUGUGUCGUCAUUACAGCCCGUGCAGCUCCUCUUCGCGAACAAGCGUGCCGCACAAGCCCUGAAAAGUGAAGCCAAAACGUCUCGAUCGCCCCCCAGUGACCGGUCCCAGUAUAGGUCAUAAAGCCCGCCUCCCCAUGUUAUUCAAUGGGACUUGAGACCAACUAAAAAAAUUAAUUACACUUCAAUUAUCUUUUUUCCGAAGCUGGUUUCUGUCAUUUACUGUAGUUUUUAUCACGCUGAUGUAAAUUCAAAUGUUUGUUUUUAAAAUAGGUUUGUGUUUAGUUAGUUAUUUAAUGAUAUAAAAACGGUGGUGUCACAUCAUGAUUGACAGCUGUGAUAUCGUGUGAUAUGCGCAUUCUACGAAAGCGAGGGCGGGGUUUUGACUUCGCGCCUUCCCUUCCUGCUCACUACUGCGCAUGACUGGUCCCGAAAUCGCUAUUGCGCAGACUCAAGACCCAAGAUGUCAGCGCCAUAUCGGGCAACUGGCGGCUUCACUUUUCACCAAUGGAAGAGAGCGAACAGGCGUCGUCCAUCUUUUUUACAGUCUAUGUUCGCGAACUGCGCUGGCUAACUCAGGCGGCUGAUCUUGAAUCGCUCUCGCGGUACUUAAAAACCAUAUGACACAGUCACGUGCCUGCAGCGCCAGCUUAAGUCGGACAAAAGAACUAACCAGAAUGCACCGCUUCAAGUCAGCCGCCGAUCGGUCUGCGCAGCGCCGCAUGAAGUCGAACACACCUAAUGUCUAUGUUGGAAUGUUCUCUUUCAUUCCGGAUGGCAAGAGCAGUGACUGCAACAUUGAGUCUAUUUUACAGUAUUAAACGUGUAUUUAUAAUGAUUUCAUCAGGCUCCAGAAACAUUUAAAAAAAUUUUUUUUGAAGCGAUCAGCAAAUAGCAUCAUGACCCGAUAUCACGCGCAUCUCGUCAGUAAUGCCAGUUCCUUGAUUAGUAUUAAGGCGAUAUUCAGGCGAUACGUCUGCGAUAAUUAAUGCGAAAUUGCCCCGAUUGUCAGUGAACUACGGCUCUGUGCAGUUAAUGCGGCUUCAUCUGAAAGCAGCUGAUGGCGAUUUAAUACUAAUCAAGGAACCGGCAUUACUGACAAGAUGCACGUGACAAACACAUGCGAUUUAUUGUGCAGCCCUAGACCCAACUUUAACGAUCCAAUCAAUUCUCGAUGGAGGAAUUCAAAUCCAGCCGUACCUUUUUUUUUAUUUCAGAAGGAUUAUUCAUCACGGGGAAAUAAGACAACCGCUACUUCUGUUUCAUGGCGACUUUAACUAACCUAAUUAACUACUAAUCAUUCUAUAAUAAUAAACAUGGGUUGAGAUGUCCGAAUGCUUUCAAAUUUGUAUUAUAUUUUAUUGCCGUUAUUGUUACAUUGUUAUUUACACCGAAUAUAUGUGUUCAGUGGGGAAUAACCUUAUGUGGACAGGUAUCAGGGCACUUGUGACGUUUACCGUGCAGUAAUUCACAGUAUUCAUAUUUUUAUAUGUAGUUUGUUGGUUUUGUAAUAUUUCACAAUCAAUCCAAUAAAUUCCUUUUUAGCACCUCUUU